CCGCUCGAAGCACGGCCCGGUGUGGCUGCAAUUGCCUGCUGCUGCGUGAGUGAUUGGUUGUCUGCCGCGGGAUUUCAGCUAAUCGGCGUGGACUGCAUUUCGACCCUGAUUUCCCAGUCACCAUUUACAAAUGUCUGAAAUCAUCGAGAGAGAAGAAGGAUGUGUCAGAGAUUUAGAAGAAGGAGUAAAAAACAAAUGGCGAUGGUCCUGGCUCGAGAUCAAAGAUGAGAAUGGGGAUUACCUAUCAGAAUACAUCAGAAAGAUAAGGCAGUCGGGCAAGGCGAUUUGCAUGUGGUGUAAUGGAAAGCAGAUCAAUUACGGUGCAUCAGGUGGGUGUUCUUUCGGCUUUGAAAUUUAAAGUGAAUUUUUAAAAUCCCUGUAAAAUCAUGCAAAACUUAAUUUUUGUAAACUUUCUGUAAUUUGUAAAGUCGUGCAAAACUGAUUUUUUUUAAGACAGUGAUUCACUUAUUUUCCCCAGUUUUCUUUGGAUUCAAAUGUAUUAAGUUAGAGCUAAAUAACAUGUAUCAAAUUCAAGAGUAGAGGCUAGAGUCGUUAGACUUCGUAGACUGUAAUUGGUAUAACUUGGCCUUUUUAGGCUUUGAUUUUUUUUCUUCAUUAUUUGUGUUUGUUCCCAUAGAGAACAAGCACAAAAAUUAUAUGUUUCGUGGACAUUAGUAGCUAGAGCCUAGAGUCCAAGCCGAGUUGUAGAUUAUCAUUAACUUUAAAAAUUAAGUCGCCGAUAGACUGAGGCCAUGGAGGCAUAGUAGACUCUCGACCCUAGACUUUCUUUUGGUUCCACUGUUUCAGAAUGAUGUGUAAUGUUCGGCCUACAUGUAUUCGUUACGAAGUUCCAACAAAAAUGUUAUACGGUAUAACUUACACCUAUAAGUGAUCUAUCUUUCGUGCAGGAUUCAAAGCACUGAGAGGUCAUGCAACAUCAAAAGGCCACAGACAAUGGCGUGGAGCAAGAAAGGGAGCUCAACUGUUGCCCUCUGUUUUUCAGGCUGCAGCUCAGAAAGAAUGUGCUGUCCCCACACCAGAAACUGCAGCCGCAGCACCCAGUACCUCAUGCUCAUCACUUGGUUCAGGGAUACCGUAUGGGGCACCUCCCAAUGUUCAUCCUGCCACUGAAACUUGUAAGCAAACUUGCUACUCCUGAAACGGCCCACUUCUACAUCAUCAUGUACUUCACCGCCUGGUUUAUGGAUGCUGUAUGUGGAGCGCCUUCACUUGCUACGACUGCCACUGGAUGUGCGUGAUGUCUUUUUUUUCUCUUGAGUUAGAGUACAUUUUCAUCUUUUAAACCAUCAUGUUAUGAAAUUACUGUAAUCUGUAUGACAGAGGCCAAAGUUAAAAUUUCUCCAUUGUUUUUUUUUUUUAAUCAUAAUUCCAAAUUCAUCCCACCCUGUUACAUUGAUCUUUAUAAACAAUUUAGUUUGAUAUUCAAUGAGGAAUUUUGCUUUUUUAGAUUUUUCAUUUAUACUAACAAAUUGACAAUAAUCACUAACAGAUUGUCAUUAGCAUUCAGAUUCAAUCGUGAAUUACCAUCAUGUGAUGAUAGCAUUUUGAAUUGACCUUAGCUCGGAUUUAAAUAAAAAUUAUAGUAUGGUAGUGCACAUACAUGUGCAUUAAUAUUAUGAAGAUUUAUAUUAUUUUAAUUUUGAAGUUAUCAUGUAUUAUAUUCUUGUGUUUUUGCUGAUUGAAUUUCUUAUUUAUUCCUUUACAGCAAGACUCCCAAACCCUUUGUGCACCUGAAAGAUAGGAUAUCACAUGCUGAAGGACGGACUUUAGCCUUCAUGGCGGAACACAAUUACAAGCUGAGCGAUGCUCCACAUCUUGUUGCCUAUGCCAAAGAAAUGUCCCAGGACAAAAUGGCCCUUGAUGGUGUACAACUGGGGAGGGCUUCCGCUACAUAUAAAAUGGUCCAUGGCAUUGGGGCUGUUGCCCGGAAGCGUCUUGUCUAUCAGAUGCAGACCAACUGCUUUUCCUUGAAUCUUGAUGAAGCAACAAGUAAUAAUAACAAGAAAGUUCUAAGUGUUAUGGUAGCCUAUUUCUCCCCAGAAAAAGGAGAGACAAUUGUUCAGCACUACAGUUCAUUGACUCUUACCAUUGUCAGUGCCAAAACUAUAACUGAUUCAAUAGUAAAACUGUUGAAAGAUGACAACAUUCCUCUGUCCAAUUUUAUUUCUGUGCUAUGUGAUUCCGCAAACUACAUGAGAGGGAAAAAAGGAGGGUUUGAAACCCUCCUGCGUCAACAUCAUGCCAACCAUUUGCUUGACAUCGAUGGUGAUGUAUGUCAUCAUAUACACAAUGCCUCCCGUAGGUUUUGCAGUCACUUCAACAAUGUUGUAGAGAGACUGGUUGAUGACUUGCACACCGAGUUCAAGUUUUCUACUGAUCUACGGCAAUACUUAGAGGAAAUCUGUAACAUUCUUCAAUGCAGCUUCCACAUCCCAAAACAAAGAGGACCACACAGAUGGCUGUCAGUUCUUGAUGUCUUACAACCCAGUGAGGAAAUGCUAGAUGCAUUGACUGUUAUGUAUUCAGCAUGGUUGCCCCGGAAUGAGAGAGAAGUCUACCAAUCUGUCCUCGAUGAGAUUAUGGAAGGUGUUUCUACAAGUAACCUGAGCAAGCUUUCCAAAAUCAUCAAAGUCUGUAGGGAAAAAAACCUCACAGAAGAUGGAAGAAAGAGGAAAAAACGCAUCGUUGAACGGAUCUUCUACACAAGAAUAGAUACUUUCAUCCAUAUCCACUUGUAUCUGUCCCUACUUCCCAUGUUCAAAUCUUUCAUCAUAACUUUCGAACAGAGAGCACCAAUGGUGCACAGAGCACACGAGGAGCAUAUGGAGUUAGCCACCCACUUUUUGGCAUGUUUUGUGAAGACUGAAAAGAUCAAGAACAUCACAGCACAACAAAUCAAAUCGUUACAGAUUGAUGCAAAGGAGAACUUGGAAGAUUUGAGCAACAUGUACAUGGGAUCAAAGGCUAAGAAGCUUCUUGCUAAGAAAAAGCACUCAAAGUCUCAAUUUCUGGAAAAACUUCAAACAGCCUAUAUUGACAGUGGAAAGUACUUGGUGAAUAAACUUCCCUUGGUGAAUGUAACACUGCAGAGGUUAGCUGCUGUUGAUCCAAUCGCUGUGUGCUCUGGCAGAUCUGAAUGUACAAACACAAUGAAGAAGUUAGUUCAUCACUUUCCUACAGUGAUAUCAAGUGACGAAGACAAGGAUGCAUACAUACAUGAAGUGUUAAGGAUUAAUAGUGAUCCUAUGUUGCCACCUGCUUUUGUUGAUGAAAAGGCAGUUCGUGCAGAUCACUGGUGGGCUGCUGUUGUAGAUGGGUAUCCCAUGUUGGGGAAAGUAGUCAAGGCAUGCUUGUCCAUCAUUACAGCGCCUGUAGUAGAGCAGCACUUUAGCCUUAUGAACAAUUACAUAAACCAAAAGACUAACCGACUAGAGAUAAAAACUUUCAGUGCUGUUCAGACAGUGAAGUUCCAUCUGCAGUCUGAGGGAAAAUCCAGCUUGGAACUCUUUCACCGACCCAAUGUGCUCCAUUCUCCAGUAGAUACUGCAUUAUGUUAUCACUUGCAGACCUCCUGGUCAAAAUUCAAGAAGGCCUCCAAGACCAAGCCAGGCUCUGACGUACCACCAGAACAAGCUGCAAAGAAAUCGGUCCAAACGAAAGCAGCAGAACUUAGAAACUUGGUCAUGCUGCCAAAAACCCUCAAAAGGAAGAACAUGACAAAGUCUGGAUCAGCCAAAAAGCAGAAAAAACAUGUAGCUGCUACACUCACUACCACAAAAUGAAAACUGCAAAUUUUCCUGUAUUUUCAGCUGAAAACCUAUUUGCUACCAUGAAAUAUG